AUUCGCCUGACCCGGCCCGGCUUGACCCUGCCCGGGCGCGCCAUGUUCGCGCGCGGGUCGCGGAGGCGCCGCUCUGGGCGUGUGCCUCCGGAGGCAGAGGACCCAGACCGGGGCCAGCCCUGCAACUCCUGCAGGGAGCAGUGCCCCGGCUUUCUGCUGCACGGCUGGAGAAAGAUCUGCCAGCACUGCAAAUGCCCGCGGGAGGAGCACGCAGUGCACUCGGUGCCUGUGGACCUGGAACGCAUCAUGUGUCGGCUAAUCUCAGACUUCCAGCGCCACUCCAUCUCCGAUGACGACUCGGGCUGUGCAUCAGAGGAAUAUGCCUGGGUGCCCCCGGGCCUUAAGCCUGAGCAGGUAUACCAGUUUUUCAGCUGCCUUCCAGAGGACAAGGUCCCCUAUGUCAACAGUCCUGGAGAGAAAUACAGGAUCAAGCAGCUGCUGCAUCAGCUACCCCCACACGACAGUGAGGCACAGUACUGCACGGCACUGGAGGAAGAGGAGAAGAAAGAGCUCAGAGCCUUCAGCCAGCAGCGAAAGCGGGAGAAUCUGGGGCGUGGCACCGUGCGCAUCUUCCCAGUGACCAUCACUGGGGCCAUCUGUGAGGAGUGUGGGAAGCAGAUCGGAGGUGGGGACAUUGCAGUGUUUGCCAGCCGCGCAGGCCUGGGCACCUGCUGGCACCCACAGUGCUUCGUGUGUACCACAUGCCGGGAACUGCUCGUUGACCUCAUCUACUUCUAUCAUGCUGGCAAGGUCUACUGUGGGCGCCAUCAUGCUGAAUGCCUGCGCCCGCGCUGCCAAGCCUGUGAUGAGAUCAUCUUCUCCCCUGAGUGCACAGAGGCUGAGGGCCGGCACUGGCACAUGGGCCACUUCUGCUGCUUCGAAUGUGAAGCUUCACUGGCAGGGCAACGCUACGUGAUGCGUCAGAGCCGCCCCCACUGCUGUGCCUGCUACGAGGCCCGCCAUGCGGAGUACUGUGAUGGCUGUGGGGAGCACAUCGGUCUGGACCAGGGCCAGAUGGCUUACGAGGGCCAGCAUUGGCAUGCCUCAGACCACUGCUUCUGCUGUAGUCGCUGCGGGCGUGCCCUGCUGGGCCGCCCGUUCCUGCCACGCCGUGGCCUAAUCUUCUGCUCGCGAGCCUGCAGCCUUGGGUCUGAACCCACUGCUCCGGGGCCUGGCCGUCGCAGCUGCAGCGCGGGCAUGGUCACCGCACCGCUCGCAGCCUCUACGGCCUCUUUCUCUGCUGCCGAGGGGACGUCCGAGACCGCCAUCAAGGGCACCUGCGCCAAGUCAGCGCCUGCUGCAGGCCCCGAGGAACCCUCCCGCUUUCUGAGAGGAGCCCCCCAUCGCCACUCCAUGCCCGAGCUGGGGAUCCGCAGCGCCCCUGAGCCACCCCCGGAGUCCCCCGGCCAGCCGGACCUGCGGCCCGACGAUAGUGCCUUCGGUCGCCAGAGCACCCCACGCGUCAGUUUCCGCGACCCUCUCGUGUCUGAGGGAGGUCCGCGGCGGACCCUGAGUGCCCCCCCAGCCCAACGCCGAAGGCCACGCAGUCCCCCACCCAGGGCCCCCAGCCGUCGCCGCCGCCGCUACCACCAUCACCAUCACCACCGCCACUCCAGCAGACGUCGUCAAUGUGACUUGGGAUCAGGGUCGGACUCAGGAUCAUGCUCCAGCUCGCCCUCCAGCCCCAGUUCCGAGUCUUCAGAGGAUGACGGCUUAUUCCUAGGGGAACGCAUCCCGUUGCCCCCGCACAUGUGCAGGCCCAUGCCUGCUCAGGACACUGCAACUGAGACCUUCAACUCCCCGUCCCCACCGUUCCCUGGGAACUCUCGCCCAGGACUACCUCGCCAGGCCCGAGACAAGAACUGCAUUGUGGCUUGAAGGCAGGCAGUCCUGGAGGAGGCUCAGAUCUCCAGUACUGUAGAUGAUGAUCCUCCUCCCCAACCUAAGUCAUGAGUCCCCUUCCUUCCUCCCUCCUUCAUCUGUUUGUAUUUUUGAAGUAAUUUAAUAUUUGUUGUAAAACAGGCCUGGCUUCUUUGCCUCCUUGCUCCAGCUGUGCCCCCCACCCCCUCAUUUCCCCUUCCCCCUCAUUUCCCCCUCCUGAUGCCUGGGAUUUAUCCACA